CGAUUGCACAUACGGUCGUUCUCCUUUCUCCUGAAGCUUGCACCCAAAGAGCAUCUUGUAUACCGUUGCUUGCCUAUAAAAUAUCUUGAUUUCCCCCUUCCUUCUGCCCUAUAACACUCUUUCGGAAUUCAUAUCUCCAAUCCACAGCCACCAUGCGUUUCCAGAUUGCUUCCUCGCUGGCCCUGUUGGCCUCCGUUACGGCCGUUGUUGCGGAUGACAUUAUCAACGUCUAUUUGCCCGACACUGAUGAUGUUGGUCUCGCCGGAAAAGUGAUUGGAACUGUAUGUCAUGAAAUCCCUUCAGAUGCAUUCGCUGUGCCUCGGUUACCCAGAACGUAUCUGACUGUAGAUAGACUGGUGGUAGUCUCACUACUCUUGUUCUGGGCUGUGCUUCUACGACUUCCUCUGCUAGCGCUGCUACUGCCACCUCCGAUGACGACGACAGUAGCUGCGACAUUGAGGACGACACCUACACCCUCACGGUGGGCAGCUCCACCUACGGCAUGGGCUUGUCUUACCGCGGAACGUAUGUGACCCUUCUUGCUCUAUACACCAAGCUUUCUUGUUGCUAACACUGUAUUCAAGUACCUACUCCCAAGGCUGUACU